CGGAAGUUCAUUUUCCAAUGACGUUCUUCCUGGGCGUGUACGUGUAAUAAAAAAGAUAUAUAUACAAAACACUUUUUUGACAACCGUCUGAGUGUUUCUGGACCACCUGAGGACCUAAAUAAACGUAUGUUAACAAAAUGGCGUCAUCAGCAGACAUUCUAGCCAAAGCUAACACCUCCUUCUGCUUGGAUCUGCUGAGAAGAUUGAGCGACAAUGACAAGACUGCAAAUGUCUUCUUCUCCCCUUUCAGCAUCUCUUCAGCCCUCGCCAUGGUGAUGUUGGGGGCUGCUGGCAACACAGCCUCACAGAUGGCAGAGUGUCUGAAAAUUGAAGCCCAUGAUGAAAUCCAUGCCAGCUUUGCCAAAGUGCUGCUGGAGCUGAACAAUCCAAAAUCACUUUAUGCCCUCAGUGUUGCCAACAGGCUGUAUGGGGAGAAGUCUUACAAGUUUGUUAAGAAUUUUCUAGCACAAACUAAGACACACUACAGAGCAAAGCUGGAGUCUGUGGACUUUAUAAGAGGAUAUGAGGCAGCAAGGGUCAACAUCAACAAAUGGGUAGAGAAUGAGACACAAGGUAAGAUUACGGACAUACUGAUCCCAGGUGUGUUGAACAACAAGACCAGGCUGGUGCUGGUCAAUGCCAUCUACUUUAAAGGCGACUGGAUCCAAAAAUUUGAGGAGAGUUCAACACGUGGCGCUCAAUUUAGGAUUAACAAGAAUGCAACCAAACCAGUGAAGAUGAUGUAUCAACAAUCCGAAUUUCCUUUGACUUUCAUAUCUGAAGCCAACUGUCAGAUCUUGGAGCUGCCUUACAAAGGGAAGGAUCUCAGCAUGCUCAUCUUUCUCCCCAUGCAUAUAGUGGGUGACUCAACUGGUCUGGAAAUGAUAGAGACGCAACUGACCUAUGAGAACUUCCUGGAGUGGACUCGUCCAGAUAUGAUGGAUAUAGUUACGGUCAAGGUGGGCCUGCCUCGGUUUAAGAUGGAAGAGAAGUACAACAUGAAGAAUGUCUUGGUCAGCAUGGGGAUGUCAGAUGCCUUCAAUAUAUCAAACAGUGAUUUUUCUGGCAUGUCUCCUGCCAAGGACCUGGUCUUGUCAAAGGUGAUCCACAAGGCUUUUGUGGAGGUGAAUGAGGAAGGAACCGAGGCUGCUGCCGCCUGCGCCUUCGAGAGUGCCUUUCAGUUUCGCUGUGUCUCGCGAACACAUGUCUUCAUCGCUGACCAUCCCUUCCUCUUCUUCAUCCGCCAUAACCCGUCCAUGAGCGUGCUUUUUGCAGGCAGAUAUUGCUGCCCCGUGUGAGCUUAUGUUCCUCUCCUUCAUAUUAACCACUUAAAGGGGAACAUUAUCACCAGACCUAUGUAAGCAUCAAUAUAUGCCUUGAUGUUGCAGAAAAAAGACCAUAUAUUUUUUUAACCGAUUUCUGAACUCUAAAUGGGUGAAUUUUGGCGAAUUAAACGUCUUUCUAAUAUUCGCUGUCGGAGCGAUGACGUCACGUUGUGACGUCACAUCGGGAAGCAAUCCGCCAUUUUCUCAAACACAUUACAAACACCGAGUCAAAUCAGCUCUGUUAUUUUCCGUUUUUUCGACUGUUUUCCGUACCUUGGAGACAUCAUGCCUCGUCGGUGUGUUGUCGGAGGGUGUAACAACACGAACAGGGACGGACUCAAGUUGCACCAGUGGCCCAAAGAUGCGAAAGUGGCAAGAAAUUGGACGUUUGUUCCGCACAUUUUACCGACGAAAGCUAUGCUACGACAGAGAUGGCAAGAAUGUGUGGAUAUCCUGCGACACUCAAAGCAGAUGCAUUUCCAACGAUAAAGUCAAAGAAAUCUGCCGCCAGACCCCCAUUGAAUCUGCCGGAGUAUGUGAGCAAUUCAGGGACAAAGGACCUCUGUAGCACGGCAAGCAAUGGCGGCAGUUUGUUCCUGCAGACGAGCGAGCUAAACCUCCUGGAUGUCUUGGCUCACACCGUCCCUUAUGCCACCAAAGAUGAUAAAGAGAAGAAUAUCGACCCUAGCUUCCCUGGCCUGCUGACAUCAACUCCAAAACUGGACAGAUCAGCUUUCAGGAAAAGAGAGCGGAUGAGGGUAUGUCUACAGAAUAUAUUAAUUGAUGAAAAUUGGGCUGUCUGCACUCUCACAGUGCAUGUAGUUGCCAAAUGUAUUUCAUAUGCUGUAAACCUAGUUCAUGGUUGUUAGUUUCCUUUAAUGCCAAACAAACACAUACCAAUCGUUGGUUAGAAGGCGAUCGCCGAAUUCGUCCUCGCUUUCUCCCGUGUUGCUGGCUGUCGUGUCGUUUUCGUCGGUUUCGCUUGCAUACGGUUCAAACCGAUAUGGCUCAAUAGCUUCAGUUUCUUCUUCAAUUUCGUUUUCGCUACCUGCCUCCACACUACAACCAUCCGUUUCAAUACAUGCGUAAUCUGUUGAAUCGCUUAAACCACUGAAAUCCGAGUCUGAAUCCGAGCUAAUGUCGCUAUAGCUUGCUGUUCUAUGCGCCAUGUUUGUUUGUGUUGGCAUCACUGUGUGACGUCACAGGAAAAUGGACGGGUGUAUAUAACGAUGGUUAAUAUCAGGCACUUUGAAGCUUUUUUUAGGGAUAUUGCGUGAUGGGUAAAAUUUUGAAAAAAACUUCGAAAAAUAAAAUAAGCUACUGGGAUCUGAUUGGUUUUAACCCUUCUGAAAUUGUGAUAAUGUUCCCCUUUAAGGAGGGAAUCACCACUUGAGUGUGCUGCUAAUGAGUGAUUCCAGGAUGCUUCUGCUUUUAACCACUGGUGUUCAACUACUGCAGGAACUCUUUCACACUAUUAGAGGUGAGUAAUUGUUAAUUAUGGCGCUUUAAUGGAGGUUAAUUUGUGUCUUUAUUACGAAAGCUUUUAAUUUUUUUUAGACUGAAUUUAUAUAACUGAAUUUUUUGUGUUAACAUUUUGUAAACUUAAUUUUUUACAUCAAAUUAUACAGACAAUUUUAUUGAAUGAAAGUUUUUUUAGUGCUUUAAAAUCCUGGUAAUAAAAAUUCAGUGUAUAAAAAUCCAGUGCAGAAAAAAUUGCUGCCUCAAACCUACUUUAGGUAAAUUAAGAUAAAAACAAAACAUUCUGUCUCAGAAAUAGGCAAUGAGGGGUCAAGUUUGAAGUCACAGGUUUUGCAAGGCAGCAGAAAGGCAGUUAACUGGGCUACAUGGGCAUAAUACUACAUAAUGAACUUUUAAAUGAUUACAAUGGUUAAAAUCGUAUCAGUCAUUAUUGUGUGAUCAACAUUUAUUCUUCCUUUAGGUAUAAACAAACGUAACGUGUUGCUUACAGCAAACAAGUUACAUUUGUGUAUACCUUUCUUCUGGUGCCUAUGCCUGUUUAUCUUUUGAUUCCUGUGCUAAGUUUCGCCUUAGCUCCCCAUGCUAUCGGCACGCUUGUUUGUAUUUUUGUAUUUUUAAAUGAUUUAUGAGUAUAAAUCAUCGUCUUACCUGCACAUUGCCUCCAGAGUUCCUGCAUCUUGGGAGAAUAAUCCGCGCAGUAAAAUGCGACCCAAGCGUAACAGAAGACAGCCAGCCCGAGUGUGGCGAUAGACAGGAAUAAAUAGCUCUCUGAUUAGUGCCCGGGAGCAGGUGAGCGUCCCGAACACCAAUCAGAGACAGGUGAAAAUAAUCAGCACCCAUGACAAUCAAGAAACGCAAACCCACGGGUGCUGAAACAGAACUAAGGGAGUCUUAAACUAAAACAGGGGUCGGCAACUCGCGGCUCUAGAGCCGCAUG